AUGUCAGAGGACAAGUCCCCGACCGACAAGGUCGACCACGGGCGCUGUCUUUGCGGGGCCGUGACGUUCACCGUCGUGGGCGAGCCAAUCUACAAUGUGGUGUGUCACUGCGAGAACUGCAGACGACAUGGCGGAAGCACUUUGCACUGUGCAAGCAUCUUUCCCAAGAAGGUGAGCUCCCUUCCACCGCACCAUCCAGCCUCCUUCUACUAUAACUUCUCGAGUCAUUAUACGCACUACACCUCCGCUGACCACACCAUUAUUCGACAGCAAUACACCCUGCACACCGGCGCCGAGAGCAUCACGACGUACGAAGACCGGGCGACGCAGUCCGGCCAGCCGCUGUCGCGGGCGUUCUGCAAGAUCUGUGGCUCCAAGGUGUACUCGACGACGCCGCUGAACAAAGACAUCGUCUCCCUCCCCGCGGGCGUGCUGGACGGCGUCGUCACCCAGUGGGCGCCCCACAAGGAGCAGUUCUGCGACGUCCGGUGCGACUGGGUGCCCGAAUUGGGGGACGGCAUAAAGGAGAGGUUCAGGAAGGGCCCUACGGGCAGCAAGGUCGACGGGUUGACGAGUAAGGUGUAG